GACCGUACUAUGAACAAUCCUUCCCUCGGUAAACCACUUGUAACAUCGACCAUUACGCCAGCGAUGGCAUCCACAUUUGCAACCUCAACACCCACCACUAUUCACCAGGCCGAUCAUACCGCAAAUAAUCGUGCAAAAAAUAGUUUCUCGAUCGAACAUCUGCUCGCGAAACCGGAUCGAGCUAGUGCGUCAUCCUCAUCAUCGGUUGUAUCUUAUCGUGGAUUAGAUCAUCGGCUGGUGGGAUCGUCCUUUUCGAACACCAUUCCCCCGGUGCCUAAUGGAAUGGUUUAUCAAACUAUGAUGACACGCAGUUCGCCUGCAGCUGAGUUUAUGGCUGUCGAUAAGCUUGAACCAAGCGUGAAUACUUUUGACGAUCGACCACCGUCGGAAGAACGGGCGGGAUCUUCUUCGCCCGAGUCGAGCUGCAAUGAGGAUACGAUGGAUAAUUGUUCGGAGAUUGCUUCCGAAGGAAGUGCUGGAGGUGGCCUUACAACGCACGACGAUCGAAAGAAACGACCACGGACAGCGUUCUCUGCGGCACAAAUCAAAGCACUGGAGACUGAAUUUGAGCGCGGAAAAUAUUUAUCUGUCGCCAAACGAACAGCACUGGCCAAGCAGUUACACCUAACCGAGACGCAGAUAAAGAUCUGGUUCCAAAAUCGACGCACCAAAUGGAAACGCAAAUACACUGCGGACGUAGAGUCACUGGCCUCACACUACUACUCUCAGCUCGGCAUUGGAAGCUUCGCCCGACCGAUGGUUGUUGGAGAUCGGCUGUGGUUGUUCAGUCAAACACCAAACGGACCAACACCCGUCCAAUCGUUGCUUCUGAAUGGUCCUCAACCCGGUUCGGCAGGUACGGCGCCCCAUCAUCCAGCGCUCGGUAUGCAACAUCCAGCCGCCAUUAGACCAUAUCCAGGUCUUUCAGGAUCGAUCCCAAUGAACGCAGGUCCUAAUUUUACCACCCGUCCCGGUAUGUCGUCUGGAGCAUAUAUCCCCGCAAUAAACUCACCAGGAGCAGGCGCUUUCCUUCACAAAAUUCCUUCACCAUCGCCACAAAACCGACUAGCACAACCGCUUGGCUUACGGCCAUUCGCGUCCGGAGAUCUCAUCGACGGUGCGUACUACUCUGCCGCCGGAAUGGCAGGUCCUAAGUUUAACCCAAACGAACUGGUCAACGGGGGACUACUGGCAACGGAUAGCAACAGCUCGGGAAUAGCCGAUCUCGAGCGAGCAUUUGGCAAUCCGAGCAAUAUGAUCGACAGUUUAACCACGUCCAGUGCAGCUGAAUCAUCGACCGUGUCUGGUGUGCGUGCCGGCGGGAAAAAGAGCACGGAUUUGAUCAACAACAACGAGUGUACUAGCAGGGAUGGUUUAGCUGGCAGUGAGCAAGAUUCGUCCAGUGAAAUUGAUUGUGAAGAAAUUGAGGACGAAGCAAUGUUAUGA